GUGACGAUGGACUCUGUCAUUCACAGUCGAGAAAAGCUCUUGGAGCAGAGAACAAGGAAAAAGUACAAUGAAGACUAUUGCAUUAUUUGCCAUUAUUUUGGCAGUGACAGCUGCCGAACCGGGCCUCAGUCGGGGAAACGCUGGGCCUCCUCCAUACAUUAAUCGCCCACGUCCCCCCACUGGAACCGGCAGUCGUUUCCGUCGAUCUCCCGAACCUGAACCACAAGGAUCUAUCGUACUUCAAGGAGAGAAACCCUUGAGUGGACCUGAUCGUCAUGGAUCGUGGAGCUUGGACUACAAGCACAAUAUCUACGAGGGUAAGAAUGGACAGGUGAGCGCAUCUGGUGGUAUGGGAAGUCAGCACGGUUCCAGAGUGGAACCGCAUGUUGGAAUCCAGGGAACGUGGAGAUUCCGUCGUUCUCCUGAACCCGAGCCACAAGGAUCUAUCGUUUUCCAAGGAAAAAAGCCCCUGGAUGGACCUGACCGUCGCUCAUCAUGGAAUUUGGGUUACCAACACAAAAUCUACGAGGGUAAGAAUGGACACGUCAGUGCAUCAGGUGGAGUUGGCAGUGAGCGCGGUCAGAGGAUUGGACCCCAGGCUCAAAUUCAAGGAGAGUGGCGAUUCCGCCGUUCUCCUGAACCUGAACCUCAAGGAUCUAUCGUACUUCAAGGACAGAAACCCCUGAGUGGACCUGAUCGUCAUGGAUCGUGGAACUUGGAUUACCAACACAGAAUUUAUGAGGGUAAAAAUGGGCAUGUCAGUGCAUCAGGUGGUAUGGGAAGUCAGCACGGUUCCAGGGUAGAACCGCAUGUUGGAAUCCAGGGAACGUGGAGAUUCCGUCGUUCCCCUGAACCUGAACCUCAAGGAUCUAUUGUACUUCAAGGACAGAAACCCCUGAGUGGACCUGAUCGUCAUGGAUCAUGGAACUUGGGUUACCAACACAAAAUUUAUGAAGGUAAAAAUGGACAUAUCAGCGCAUCAGGUGGUAUGGGAAGUCAGCGCGGUUCCAGGGUGGAACCACAGGUCGGAAUCCAAGGAACGUGGAGAUUCCGCCGUUCUCCUGAACCCGAGCCACAAGGAUCUAUCGUACUUCAAGGACAGAAACCCCUGAGUGGACCUGAUCGUCAUGGCUCGUGGAACUUGGAUUACCAACACAAAAUUUAUGAGGGUAGAAAUGGACAUGUUAGCGCAUCGGGUGGUAUGGGAAGUCAGCACGGUUCCAGAGUAGAACCACAUGUUGGAAUCCAAGGAACGUGGAGAUUCCGUCGUUCCCCUGAACCUGAACCUCAAGGAUCUAUUGUACUUCAAGGACAGAAACCCCUGAGUGGACCUGAUCGUCAUGGAUCAUGGAACUUGGGUUACGAGCACAAAAUUUAUGAGGGUAAAAAUGGGCAUGUCAGUGCAUCAGGUGGUGUGGGAAGUCAGCACGGUUCCAGGGUUCAACCACAGGUCGGAAUCCAAGGAACGUGGAGAUUCCGUCGUUCCGCUGAAUCCGAGCAAUAAGCAGCUGUUGGUAUUGAACUGCCAUAAAACUAGAUCUGAAUUAGAACUAGAUCUGAAUUAGAACUAAAAUAGUAGAUCUGAUCGCAGUGAAGUGUUCAGAUUGAUAAAUCUCUGGUGUCAUAAAAUAAUUAUACUCAUGUAUGUGACAUUUGCACUUAAUGUUGCACUUAAUAAUUCGCUCCUGCCAAUAUUCUAUAGAAUGUACCCUAAUUUAUUUCUUGAAAUAAAAUCAUUACUUUGGAAACAACUA